UGGAUUAAUUAAUUGUAUGCAUAUUAGAAUAAAUAUAACAAAUAUUUUGUAUAAAAAUGAACGAUGCUGAAAGUAAAACGUUGUUAUUAAAGCCCGAUCAAACAAGUCAUUUAGAAAAUAUUAAACAAGAUGAUAACGAACACAAUUGGUGGGCAAGUGACAGCGGAUCAAGUACAGGUUCAUAUUAUUCUGACACUGACAGCUCUAUUAUUGAAUGGGAAUCAGAAAUCGGACCGAAUGGUGAAGUUUUUUACAUAGAAUCUCCAGUAGAAACUUUAUCGAGUGCUAAUACAUCCUGUGAUGAUUCAAGAAAAAGUCCACAACCGGAAUUAACUAGAAGACGUAGUACCAGAGCUGGUAAACUUAUGCGUUUGUUGAGACGUAAGGAUAGUAAAAGGUGGAGUACAAGAAAUAAGAAAAGUAAUACUAAUCCAAUUGGUAAUAACAGAGGAACUCAAGAAAAGGAAGGAAAUGGAAAUAAGGAAGUUACUUUUAGAGAUUUUCAGGCAGGUGAAAUCCGUGAAGUUACUUUGUGGGUUGAUCCUGAAAAAAGACAUAAAUUAGGACGUAGAGCAACGUUGUGUGAAGCGUAUUUUGGUAUAACACCUGGUACUUUCUCGGAUAAAGUUAGAGUAAUGGUUGCUGGAUUUAUACCUGAUGGGGAAGCUAUAAAAAAUAAAAAUAUUAAAAUUGGUGAUUGGUUGAAAAGUAUUAAUUCGAACAAUGUUACAUUCCAAAACUUGGAUUAUGUAUUAUCCGAAAUAACUACUCCAACUAAUGUAACGUUAGAACUUCAAAGAGUAGCAGGGAUUGACGUUACCGAAAAAGUGCCUGGGAUAAAUACAGUAAAGCAAUCAACAUUAGUGCAAAAUAUUGUUAAUAAAGGAGAGAGCACGCAUUUAAUGGAAAGUUUAUUGACUCAUCCAUUUGGAAUUAUUUAUUUAUGUACUACGGAUCUUUCAGAAACGGGUCAAGAAUUACAAGGUGUUUUAUAUUCCUUUCCAAGAUCUGAUAAUGUACAUUCUAAUUUAUGUUCAGCAAGAGGUGCUUUUAUAACUUUAAAUCAUUUGUUACCAGAAAUAGUUGGUGUACAACCAGUCAGUACAACUGUACAUUUAGCGGGAGAAGAAAUGCAUAUUGUAUAUACACCUUGCAAAGAAGAAUUAUUGUUAAUUGCAUUGCCAGAUAAAUGUUGUAGUCUCGAAGAAGCUUGUAUGAUAUCUGCAGAUAUUGUUAAAACUUUAGAAUUUACCUAUCAAUCGUUAACGAAAUGUUUCACAAAUCAAGAAAAUCAUGAUAGCAUAGAUCAUUUUAUAUUUCUAAUUAUGCAAAGAUUAUUGAAUAUAAAGAAUGCUGAAGAUAAUACUAACAGUUCGAAGAGUGAAAUAGAUUUGCAAUAUUGUACAAGGAAUCUUGAAAAUUAUAAAUUCAAAAGUAGUUUUUCAGUAGCACAUUUUGUUCAUUUGCCAAGAGAUGCUCAAAUACAAAUUGAUGCUGCGUUAAAUGAAAUGGAAGCUAUGGAUUAUAGAGAUUGGAAUGAAGAUCCUAUGGAUUGUCAAAGAUUGUAUACAAUACUUGGUAGUUGCAUAUACCAUAAAUGUUAUCUCUUGGGAUCUCAUUUAUCUCAUGAAGAUUUAAUUGAAACCCACGCAUUUUUACGACAAAAUGGUUUACUGAAUUUAGUUAAUACGGAACCUGUUAAAUCUCUUGUUAUAUGGAAAAGAGUUUAUCCAUUAUCUUGUAAUAGAGGAAAUAUCGAUAAACAUAAUUCUAAUCAACCAUUAGUUCCAAAUGGAAAAUGGUUUUUACUUAUUGUCGGUUACGAACACGAUUUGUUAGCAGUUCUUUUAGAAUCUGGUGGUUGCACAGCAAAGUACGACGAUACUACAGGACCAGAUGUGUUUUAUGUAGAAGAAGCUCAAGAAACUCUAAAACAUAUACAAAAAAUUGGAAUAACAACGUUAGCUGCUAAAUGGAUCACAUCUAAUGCCAGACCAGAAGUGAUCCCUUACGAAGACAAUAUAUUAUCUAAACAAUCGUCCAGCAUAACAGAAAAUUUGUUAGGGUUUAUUAAAUCAUCUGACGUACAAAACGUAAUAUCUAAACCAAAUCUUAAUACUUCUGCUAAUAAAAAAACCCAAGAAUUGGCUUCCAUUUUAAAGAAACGCAACUUAGAAGAAAGUCCAACGGUUUUGGGAUCGGUUUAUUCUUUGCAAACGUCAGAAGAUUCGUUAAGUCAAGGAACCGGUGCGAUAAGCGAAGUUAGCGACGAGGCAAUGCCAAUAUUAGGAAGACGAGCGAUUAGAGAAAAAAUUAGUAGCGGAUCUAAAUAUUCUGACGAUAGCGAUUCAGAUAUAGAUAUUUACAGGAACGAAAGUCAAGUAAUGAACAACGAUAUAUCCAAUAUACGGGAUAAUUUGUUGAAUCAAGUCGAAUAUUUAAUGCCAAACAAAUUAACUGCAGGAGAAAAAAAUUAUUUAUAUCAUUACAUACAUUUGGAUAUAACUGAGGGUAUUUUAUUGUCUUCACAUCCGAUCGAUACCUCAUCAAAAGACAAUAAAAUUUUAAUAAAUUUUAAUAAAUGUGUGCAUAUGAUACAUAAACUGUUAAACAACACGAUACGUUUUAAAACAAUGCUUAAUCAAGAUAUGGAUAAAACUGUGAUAAACAAAAGUUUAAUUGCCAUUAAAGAACACGGUAUUCUUUUUGAAUGGGAAAAUACGACGUAUUGGGUCGUAGGACGAUUAUAUACGACUCCGCAUCCUAAAGAAUUGUAUGUAUGUUAUCAGGAUUCCGCGCCACAGAAUUUAGUUGAAAUAGCAUUUAAAUUAAAUUAAUUGUAGUUUUAUACAACAGUAAGUUUAUAUAAAAAUAAAUUUAUCAUAUUUCUUCUUCUUUUUUUUUUUUUAUUCGUUUUCCAUGAAUAUUAUUGCAUUGCGCGUAAUACAAAGGCAGUGGAAUAAAA